AAGUGUAUGUUUAGUAUACUGUUACUUUUCGCGAUGAAAUGUCUGUCAGUUUUGACUAAUGAACACCUUAACCAUUUUAAAUAUUUACUUCCGAUUCCUAUUUAUGGUGCAGAAUCAACGGAGUUUUCAGGGGUUUACACACGAGCUGGACAGAAUGCAUUCCCCAAGUUACGCCGGAAAGACCCGGUGUUUGCAGAGGAGCUGGUGCCGCUCACUCUGGGGUCCGACAGCGAGGCGGAUGACGUCAUGUUCAGUCACGAAGCAAACGCAAGUUUUCCUCCCACGCCGCUUCAGGACGGAUACCACGUCGAUGGCGUUAAUGGUGACGCGAUGUAUAAGGAAAAGGCGCGACCGGAACCGGAAGUAGAGACGCGUUGCGGGUACUGGGCUUGCCGACCGGUAGCAUUGCAGAAGUUGAACAACCCGAGGGCCCUGCUAGCGUUCAUGUGUUUCUUCUGCAUGGCGCAAGGCUUCGUCGUGAACGGUAUCAACAACGUGUCGACCACCUCCGUGGAGCGGCGGUUUCAGUUGCCUAGCAGCCGCGUGGGCAUCAUCUCGAGCGCGUACGACCUGUCAGCCGCCAUACUGGGCAUCUUCGUCAGUUUCAUGGGCUCCGGUCGUCAGAAGGCGAAAUGGCUGGCGAUAGCAUCCGUUACUAUGGCGAUUGGCUCGUUCGUGAUGGCGCUCCCGCACUUCACUUCCGGGCUCUAUGAGUACGGUCGUGACCUUUCACUGACCUGCAACAAGGAGGAGACGAAUACGACGUGCACGAGCGACUCUGAGCUACAGCACUAUCUGUACGUGCUCGUGCUGGGUCAACUGCUGCACGGACUGGGGGGAACCACGCUCUACACGGUCGGCGUCUCCCUCAUUGACGACAGCGUGCCGGCAACCAGCUCGCCCAUGUACAUAGGUAUACUGUACGCCUUCGCCACGCUGGGUCCGGCCAUGGGGUACAUACUUGGAGGACAGUUGCUGGAGAUCUAUGUCGACUUCGAUAGGGUCAACAUUGCGGAUGUUCGCAUCACAUCUGACGACCCCCGGUGGGUAGGCGCCUGGUGGGUAGGGUUCGUCAUUGCCUCCAUGCUAUUCCUGGUUGCCGCCAUUCCUAUAUCUUUGUACGGAGCCGAGCUUCCCACGGCGAAGCUCAUCCGAGAGACCCGGAUAUCCGAGAUGCACGGAGACGAUGGAACGCUGCCGGUGGCGUUGACGGGCAAUUCUCGGAAACUCUCGGACCUUCGGCAUCUCCCGGGCGAGAUCCUUCAGCUGCUGAAAAACCCGCCCUUCCUGUUCAUUACUCUCGCUGGUGCUACGGAGGGUAUGAUAACGUCUGGGUUUUCGACGUUCAUGCCGAAGUUCAUACAAAAUCAGUUUGGUGUAACCGCAGGAUGGGCAUCCAUGUUGACUGGUUUCAUGGCGGUUCCCGGCGCGGCGGGCGGCCAGUUUUUCGGCGGCUUCCUAUGCAAUCGCCUUAAGCUGAAGGUGCGUGGAUGUAUCCGGGUCGCUAUCGUCUGCUCGUGCCUCGCCGUUCUGGUGUCGGCGGUGCUGUGGGCCAAGUGCGACCAUAGUCACGUGGCAGGGGUCACACACGGGUAUCCGAAUAGUUCCGAUUCAGUGUUACCCGGUCUUACCGACUCAUGCAAUGCCGGGUGCCAGUGCCACACGGAACUCUACGAGCCAGUAUGUGACACUCAGGCCGGGCUGCAGUACUUCUCGCCUUGUCACGCAGGAUGCGACGUCAGGUCAUCGGAUGGCAAGUCAUACAGCUCGUGUUCAUGCAUACUGCCAACUAACGGCAGCAGCGUGUCCAUGGUAACGAAGGGGAAGUGUGACAACGGAUGUAAGAUGCUCUACGUGUUCCUGCCGAUCAUAUUCGUCGCCAUUUUCCUGCUGUUCACACCGUCGCCACCCGCCGUCCAGGCCACUUUACGAUGUGUCCAUGACAAGCAUAGAACGCUGGGGCUGGGGCUGAAAUGGUUGAUAGUUCGUCUCCUUGGCACUGUGCCGGGUCCAAUAUUGUUCGGAGUCAUUAUUGACAGUACGUGCGUCACGUGGCGGGAAAAGUGCGGCCAUCACGCCUCAUGCUGGAUCUAUGACAACGACCAGCUCAGUCGGAACUUCUUUAUUCUAGUCGUAUGCUUCAAGCUCCUGUCGAUAACAUUGUUUAUACUUGCCCACCAGUUAUACAAGGCCCCAAAGGAGAGAGCGGUGAACUAUUCGGUUCAGCACAGCGCCAAUGGGACGCCGGGCGUAAACGUUGAGGUUUAACCUCAAAUGCCUUUUCUGUGAUAUGGUUUUAAUUUCAUCCGAAAAUUCGAGGGAGGCAAAACGAGAGCAAGGCAUGGAUUGAUAUGGUAGUUCACUUUUAGACAACGCAUGUCGAGAUGUACACUAGUAACAAGAUUUUUUUUCAAUAUAAUAUUAAGGAGAUGUGGUGUACGCCUAGCAAACAGGGGGGGGGGGGGCACCGGUUCGACCCACCUCUUAAAGGUCUUUCUUUAGAAAGAAACCAAGGUCUGGUUCUCUUUACGUAUCGGAAUCCUACCGUGUAAAGUGCUCCUUCAUUUGCUUCAUCACCGCUACACCUGCAGUCCGGUGAUGAAACGAGCGCUCUUCUGACUCAGACUGUAGAGCCUCCAGUGUCCACACAGAGCGCUCUACUGACUGUAGAGCCGCCAGUGUCCAUACAGAGCGCUCUACUGACUGUAGAGCCGCCAGUGUCCAUACAGAGCGCUCUACUGACUGUAGAGCCGCCAGUGUCCAUACAGCUUCUCGAGCUUCUUAGAGAGUUCAAUAUAAUCGAGAUAAACAAAUAGGUUUAGAUGUAAAAUUAAGAAUGUCGUGAUAUAUGUCUUGUUCUGAGAAAACUCGGAAUAAUGCAUGUGCGUGAAGUGUCGUCCCAGAUUAGCCUGUGGAGUCCGCACAGUCUCAUCAGGGACGACUCUUUCCGCUUUUACUAGAUUUUCGGUAAAAAGGGACUUCCUUUAAACGAAAAAUACCAUUAAAGCGGAAAGUGUCGUCCCUGAUUAGCCUGUGCGGACUACACAGGCUAAUAUGGGACGACACCUAACGCACAUGCAGUAUGCCCAGUUUUCUCAGAACAAGACACAUGAUUGUUAGCGGGAAAUAUCGGACACGGAAGACGAACUUAAAAUCUGUGGUGCACUUCUCUGAAACCUUCCAUUGAGGCUUGCGGCAUAUGGGUCAACUCUAGUAAGGCAGCCAUAGGCUUGCAUGUGUAAUUGCAGAAAUCCUCUUAAUUUUCUGAAAGGAAUGCUCCGUGUUGCAUUCAUAUUUGUUCUAAUUCAUUGGAAAAUGGGACCAGAUUUUACGCACUUUUCGAUGCGUGCGAGCUUGUGUGCAUCAAUAAAUACGGGUUAAUGUACGUGUACCCCGGUACAUGUAAAUAAGCCGUGCUCUGUGAAAAAGGGGUUUAAUGCAUGUGCGCCUAAACUAUAUUUUGGCUAAGAAGAGACUUUCUUUAAACAGAAAAUAUCACAAAAGCGGAAAGUGUCGUCCCUGAAUAGCCUGUGCGGACUGCACAGGCAAAUCUGGGACGACACUUUACGCACAUGCAUUGUUCCCAGUUUCACAGAACACGACUCUAUAUAAACUCUUACAGAGACUGAGUUUAGUGUCAGGUAUGACUAUUAUGAUGGAAGUAUAUUGUUUUUAACUUUUCUGUACGCCAACUCAAGGUGGCUGCACUUAUGUUGCGCGAACAAAUAUUUCCUGUGAUAAAAUGUCGACAUGAUAUUGAACCAUUCUGCAUGAUAUGUAUUUUUAUAAUAACGAUUAAUGUAAAUUUUAUAUUUGAUAACAAAAUUAAAUCGGAAAAAGUUCUA